AGCUGCCCAGGGAGCUGCCAGGUCUCGGGUACUCCCACACUCCGCCGUGCCUCCCAUGAGCCCACAAAGUCCUCACACUCGUUGCGGGGAACUCCAAAGGCAGGACCCUCAGUGCUUCCAUCGUGCCCGCGCUUCUUGUGCCCCCGCCCUCUGCAGCAGCGCCGUCUGCAUCUGCGUGUGGGGCAGUGAGGGUAUUCGCAUGCAGCGCACGGCGGACUCGGUGGGCCAAUGCAGUCCAACUUGCGCUGGGGGAUCGAACUGGUCUGGAAGCUGCUGGAAGAUGAUUACGUUGAGUUCUGUAAGCGGUGAGGGCGGCAGCCACGGUUGCCAUCUGUCGAGCCCUGUUUGGGGGCACGUGGCAGCGUGCGACACGCGCUGUCCGUACUCGACUUGCUUGAUCGAACUGGUCUGAUCAGUGCAGUUGGAGCAGGCAACAGAAUCUGAACAUGGGCUGGACCCCCGACUGCGUGCUGGACGCUGCCUACCACAUCGGAUGCGGCAGGUGCACGAGGGCGAAGUUCACCAGGUACGUGGAUUGUCAUGGCGGGCGGUGGCAAGCAACCAAGGAAGCCUUCCUGUGCCGAGGUCGCCGCUGGCGGUGCCCGAGGUGCUGGCAAGCUGGCAGACGGCGCCUACUGGGUCUGCUCGGCUCGGCGGUGCCGCGCCAGAAUUUACGCGACAGGGUGCCCCGCGGGGCAUGCGGCCGCAAGGCCCGCCUUGGGUCGAUGCCGCCGCCGCCGCGAGGGCUGGCCGAGGCUCCGCGGCCCCCUCCGAGGCCGACGCCGAGGUAUUCGUCGCGCGGCCCCGAGGGCGCAGGGCUGCGCGCGGCCGAGCGCGCCGCCGUGACCUCCCGCGCCGCCUCGGCCGCGAGCGCAGGGGCCAGCGCGGCUGGCCGAGGAGGAGGCAGCAGCGGCGGGAAGGCGGCGAAGGCGGCAGCCGACGUCGAGCGCCACCGCGCCGCAGUCCUGCAGUCGGAGAGCAUCCACGGCAAGUCGAGGGCGCAUUCCGACGCCGCCGCGGUCGCGCUGCAGGUCGACCUCGAGCGAGCGAAGCGCGGGCUUGCCGAGGCCGAAGCAGCGCAGCGGGGCGCCGAGCAGGAGGGCCGCCCCGUGGAGGCUAUCUUGCGUUCGGCCGGCUUCGCCGUGUCCGAGCUCAGCAAGCAGGUCCGCAGUCGCAAGCGCGACCUUGGGAAGGCCGAGACGGGGCUCGCUGCUGCCGAACAGGAGUUCGCUGAUACCCCUGAGCGAGGUGCGGCAUGCACCCAGAAGGUGACGACAGCCAGGCCGCGCUCGCAGAGCAGCGGGCUCGGCCCCGCGACGCGACUGCCGCGCGGCGGCGGACCGCCCUGGCAGCCUUCAGCGCGCCCGAGGUGCUCGCCCUCUUCCGCGGCCCCCUUGCCCAGGUCGACGCAGCCCGCGGGGGCCCGCUGCGGGCCUCGGGGCCGCCCGGCUGCGCCCGCGGCAGGCGCUGCUGUUCCCUGUCAUGCUGCAGCUGCGGUCGAUGGACCUCCGGGCGGCCUGCGAGAAGGCGCCCCGGCGGCUGGAGCAGAUGGGCACCCAAAGGGUCUUCAUCCCCACGGCGGGGGGGGGGAAGGCGAUUGCGCGCGCCCAUCCCGCUCCUCGCCCGCUUCUGGGGCAGGCUCGAGGCUCGGGCAGCCAGUCUGCGCGCCCUGAGAAGCGGCCCGCGAUCGCCGCUUCUUCCGGGGGAAGACCGACAGAGGCUGCGAGAAGGCAGGCUGGCUGCGCAAGGCCUACGCUGCCUGUUCCUCGACGUCGUCCAGUUCUACGAGAACCUGCGGCGGGGCGUGCCCUGGAGGAACGGGGUGGCCCAUGGCUUCAACCUGCGCUUCGCGACCCGGCGCCCCCCCGGGCCCGCGAGGGCGCCAUGUUGGCCAUUUUGAGGUCCCACAGCCAAGGCCUCGUCAUUUUUGACGCGGCGGCCCCCCGAUCCCGCGCGCGCGCCAUGCCGGUUAUGAACCUGGGUUUACAUGUCCU